AUGGACUAUAUCGAUGACUGUAACGAGACGUUGGAGGAAAUGAAGGAGAAGUUGGGAAAGAUCGAAGCGGACUCUGCCAAGGGAAGGCUGUUCUGGCCUGGGAGGUCCAGUCGUCUCAAGGGGUGGCACGAGGAUAUUUCCCGUCACCAGGGGAUGAUCAGCACAGCAUUGUCUGCGGAUACGCUCCAAGCCUUACUACGGAUACUCUCUCACGAAGACCGCCAGACGAAGGAAAUUCUCUCGGAGAUCAGAGACACGAGAAGCAUUGUCAGCCGAGUCGACAAAGAGUCGAGACGUUCAAAGGUCCAGGCUUUCUUUCUCAAAUGCAACCCGCAGGAAAACUACGAGAUGAGCCUGCAAUUACGGCAUCCACGAACUGGCCUCUGGCUUAUCAGUCGUCAUCCAAAGUUUAAACACUGGAUUUCGGCUCCGAAGUCCAAUCUGUGGUUGACAGGAAUUCCAGGCGCUGGAAAAACCAUCAUUGCCGGUUCUAUCAUCGAGGCGGCAUUGGGUAAAAGCACCGGUUCGAUCGCUACAGCGUUUUUUUUUUUCUGCGAUUACAAAAGCUCAAUCACACAAUCCCCAGAAACAAUUCUCGGUGUUCUCGCCUAUCAGCUUUCUAUCCAAAAUGAAGACGCCUACGAAGUUCUUGUGCAAUACUACGAUGAAAUGCAUCCAAAACAUGGACUCCCCAGAACUCCCGAUAUCUCGUCAUUGAAAGUGCUGCUACAAAGAAUCUUUGAAGUAUACGAUCAAGCCUACCUAAUUCUUGACGGACUCGACGAGUGCGGGAGAAAGACUGAGGAUGUGAUUGAUACGCUUGUCGAUACAUUCGAUGAAGCUAACAACAUUUCUCUUGCUCUAUUGAGUCGUGACGAGGACGGCAUCCGAGACCGUCUCAGCGACUGGUGCGUUUCGAUUGAAGUUGCUGUUCAUAAACACGACGUCAUGGAAUACGUUACAGCGCAGAUCCAAGAGAGAGUUAAAGAGUUGGGAAGCUGUCGACGUAUGACCCUGAACUGA